AUGGUCUUGGAAGCCAAUGCAUUCGCAAGGAUGCAUGAACUAAAACUACUCCAUCUUAGUCAUGUACAACUCGACGGAUCUUAUGCAGAAUUUUGUACAAGAUUAAGAUGGUUGUGUUGGAAUAAGUUUCCUUUGGAUUCUAUACCCACAGAUUUUCCUUUGGGGAGCCUGAUUGUUCUUGAAAUGCAAUAUAGCAGCUUGAGGCAAGUCUUCAAAGGAACAAAACGUCUUUCAUCAUUGAAGAUCCUUGAUCUCAGCCAUUCUCAUUCACUUACAGAACUCACCAACUUUUCAUUUUUCCCAAAUCUAGAGAAAUUGAUUCUUGUAGAUUGUGAAAGACUGGUUGAUGUCAAUGAAUCCAUUGGGAACCUUGAGAGACUUGUUUACUUGAGUAUGAAGGAUUGCAAAAAUCUUAGGAUGCUUCCAGAGAACAUGUUUUUGCUAAAAUCACUUGAAACACUUAUUAUAUCUGGUUGCACAAAUCUUAAUAAGUUGUCAGUUGAGAUGUUAAGGAACAUGGAAUUUCUGAAAGUGCUUGAGAUGGAUGAAAUUCCGAUAACUCAAUUAUGGCGAGGAAGAAGUUCAUGUAUCUUGAGUUCUUUACCAUGCUCUUUAGUAUAUUUAAGUGUUUGGGGUUGCAAUCUUUCGGAUGAUGACUUUCCUAGGAAUUUUAGUAAUUUAUCCUCAUUGCGAAGACUAAACGUAGGGAAUAAUCCAAUUUGUGUCCUACCAAAUUGCAUCCAAGGUUUAGCAAGAGUCGAUAAACUCUCUUUUCCCAUGUGUAAGAGGCUCAAAUCGCUUGUGGGUUUGCCAGAAGUAGAUGACUUGGAUAUCCAACAUUGCGUAUCAUUGGAAAAAAUAACAUAUCAGUACUUUCCACGCUAUAAGCAUGCCUAUUAUUACUUUCCACAUCAUAUUUGGCCAUCUACCCGUGCGAAUGGGAACCCCAACCUGGUUGAGUGGGAGGAUUCUUACAAGGUAGAACCUAUUGGAAGAGUUGACGUAGAUAUGAUCAACCUCUUGGGCUUGUGCAACUUGGAAUCCAUGGCACCCAUUCGGAUUCACAAACCAUUCUCUAGUGCAAUAGAUCGAAGUCCUGUCCAGGGACUGUAUGAGGGUCGUAAAUUCAGCACAUUUUUUGGUGGGAAUGAGGUUCCAGUCCAAUUCAGCCAUAAAAGUAGAGGGUCCUCAAUAUCUUUUACUGUGCCUUUGCUUGAUAAUCACAUAAUUAAAGGCUUGAACGUCUGUGCUGUCUAUGCGAGUUCUAGCUCUCAAUUUCUUUACAAUUAUUGGGAUGGUAUUGAAGGUAUUGCUGGGCAUAUGAUUACUAGAGUCAGAAAUAAGAGCAAGGGUCUGAAGUGGUACUCUUUACCAGAACACUUUGGUAUUCCACAUGGAGAAGACAUUAUAUGGUUAAGCCACUGGAAGUUUAAGGAUGAGCACUUAGAAGGUGGCGAUCAAGUGGUGGUUUCAGUACGUAUGGCACAUUGCUUUCAGGUAAAGGAGUUGGGGAUCCAGUUUGUGCAGGUGGAACAAGAGAGUAAUAAUAUGAUGAGUACCACCGUUUAUCCUGUUUAUCCAAGUUUUAUGAGUCGCUUAGAUUACUUGUUCAAUGAUGAGGACUCUGAUGAAGAUACAAGAGACAAUGAAGAAGAGCAACAGGAUGAUCGCUCAAUUGCAGCCCCCACAGGCAGUAAUAACUGCAGCAGCUGCCUCCAUGGCUGGAAAGUGCUCAUCACCGCAGCUUGCAACCUCACGCUCUCUCUCUCACGCAGACAGAAGCAACAGUCAGAAAGCCGUGGCUGAAUUAUUUGUACAUCUCAACUCAACAGCUGGUUAUUUGUACAUCCAAUGUCUUCCCAAGACCUAUUCGUUUCAUAGCAUCAAAUACAUCUUCUAUUGAACCAAUAAUUGGCAACUGUCCAAUUCAGAUCUUCACUGUGAUUUACAACAAAGCUAU